CCGUGUCAGGACUUCCUCGUUGCCGUGGCGGCAGCGGCGGGGCCGGCGGAGGGAAGGUUACAUGACUUGCUGAAAAGAAAGAAAAUGCUAUGCUGGGGAUACUCAUCUUUUGGACGACCUGGAAUAGGUAGCAACCUCCAGGUCAUCAUUCCUGAACCACAAGUAUAUGGAUUCAUUCAUGACCGAAAUGUCAAGGAGGUGGCAUGUGGAGGAAACCACUCUGUGUUCCUGUUGGAAGAUGGGGAAGUGUAUACCUGUGGCUUGAACACCAAAGGCCAGCUGGGGCAUGACUGUGAAGGAAGCAAGCCAGAACAAAUUGGAGCCCUGGCUGGGCAGCACAUCGUGCAUGUGGCCUGCGGAGAGUCUCACAGUGUGGCGCUCAGUGACCAGGGCCAGCUCUUCUCCUGGGGUGCUGGCAGUGAUGGACAGUUGGGCCUCACCACUAUAGAAGAUGCAGUGACAGUACCAAGGUUGAUAAAGAAAUUGAAUCAACAGACAAUACUGCAGGUUUCUUGUGGAAAUUGGCAUUGUCUGGCUUUGGCAGCAGAUGGCCAGUUCUUCACGUGGGGGCAGAACAACUAUGGUCAGCUGGGCUUGGGUAAAGAAUGUCCCUCCCAAGCCAGUCCACAACGUGUCAAGUCUCUUGAUGGGAUCCCUUUGGCUCAGGUUGCUGCAGGCGGAGCCCACAGCUUUGCCCUCUCUCUCUCAGGAGCUGUUUUUGGCUGGGGGAAGAACAGCUCAGGACAGCUGGGACUAAGUGAUGAACGAGACCGAGAAUCCCCUUGUCAUGUGAAGCUGUUGCGGUCUCAGAAGGUUGUUUACAUCAGCUGUGGAGAGGAACACACAGCAGUUCUGACAAAGAGUGGAGGGGUGUUCACGUUCGGUGCAGGUUCCUGUGGGCAACUGGGACAUGACUCCAUGAACGAUGAAGUGAACCCCCGAAGAGUUCUUGAGCUAAUGGGCAGUGAAGUGUCCCAGAUUGCUUGUGGCAGACAUCACACUUUAGCCUUCGUGCCUUCUUCAGGAAUGAUCUAUGCAUUUGGCUGUGGAACAAGAGGCCAGCUGGGAACAGGGCACACUUGCAAUGUUAAGUGUCCCUCUCCUGUCAAGGGUCACUGGGCAGCUCACAAUGGGCAACUCUCAGGGAAACCUGAUGCCUGUAAAUAUCACGUUGUUAAACAUAUAUUCUCUGGAGGAGACCAAACAUUUGUCCUUUGCUCCAAAUAUGAGAAUUCCUUGCCUGCUGAUGAUUUCCGGACCAUAAAUGAAACACGUUACACCUGUUUAAUAAAUGAUGAAACUAUAGAUGUCUGGAGGCAAAAGCUUUUAGAAAAGAACAGUUCUAAUUCUGUCAAUAAUGUUGUUCAGAUACUGUCCUCAGCUGCAUGCUGGAAUGGAAGCUUCUUGGAGAAGAAAAUUGAUGAACAUUUUAAAACCAGUCCGAAGAUCCCAGGGAUUGAUCUGAACUCCACCAGAGUGCUGUUUGAGAAGCUGAUGAACUCUCAGCACUCCAUUCUCCUAGACCAGAUACUGAAGAGCUUUGAAAGUUUUUUGAUUCCUCAGCUGUCCAGCUCACCACCAGAUGUUGAGGCAAUGAGGAUCUACCUAAUUCUCCCCGAAUUCCCACCCUUCCAAGACUCGAAGUAUUACAUUACAUUAACUCUUCCUCUAGCAAUGGCUAUUCUGCGCCUAGAUACCAACCCAAGCAAAGUUCUAGAUAACUGGUGGUCUCAAGUGUGCCCAAGAUAUUUCCUCAGGCUAGUGGACCUCUAUAAAGGUGCGGUGGUUUACCUGCUCAGUGGAAGAAAGACACUGUUGAUUCCAGUCCUGUUCAGUAGCUACAUUACAGCUGCUCUCAGACUUCUGGAGAAACUCCACAAGGUGAAUCAGAAGGUUAAACAUGUAGAAUAUGAUAAGUUUUAUAUCCCUGAGAUUUCCAGUUUGGUGGACAUUCAGGAAGAUUAUCUCAUGUGGUUCUUACAUCAGGCUGGAAUGAAAGUAAGACCAUCUAUCAUGCAGGAUGCUGUGACACUCUGUUCAUAUCCUUUCAUCUUCGAUGCUCAGGCUAAGACCAAGAUGUUACAGACAGAUGCAGAACUACAGAUGCAGGUUGCAAUAAAUGGUGCAAAUUUGCAGAACGUCUUCAUGCUUCUCACCCUGGAGCCUCUGCUGGCCAGAAGCCCUUUCCUGGUACUCCACGUUCGCAGAAGUAACUUAGUCGGUGAUGCUUUAAGGGAGUUGAGCAUUCAUUCAGACAUUGAUUUGAAAAAGCCUCUUAAAGUCAUCUUUGAUGGUGAGGAAGCUGUUGAUGCUGGAGGAGUGACAAAAGAAUUUUUCCUCCUGUUGUUAAAAGAGCUCCUCAACCCCAUCUAUGGCAUGUUCACUUACUAUCCAGAGUCAAACCUGCUGUGGUUUUCAGACACGUGUUUUGUAGAACACAACUGGUUUCACUUGAUUGGCAUCAUAUGUGGUCUUGCCAUAUACAACUUCACAGUAGUAGACCUCCACUUUCCCUUGGCUCUGUACAAAAAACUCUUGAAUGUGAAGCCCUGCCUUGAGGAUUUGAAGGAGCUAUCCCCUACGGAAGGAAGGAGUCUUCAGCAACUUUUAGAUUACCCUGGGGAAGAUGUAGAAGAGACAUUCUGCUUGAAUUUUACAAUUUGCAGGGAAAGCUAUGGUGUGACAGAGCAGAAGAACCUGAUUGAAGAUGGAGAUAAAAUUAUGGUGCAGAAGGACAAUAGGGAAGAAUUUGUUGAAGCCUACGUAAAUUACAUCUUCAACCUCUCCAUCCAUGAGUGGUACACGGCCUUUUCCACUGGCUUCCUGAAAGUGUGUGGUGGGAAAGUCCUGGAACUCUUCCAGCCCACAGAGCUCAGGGCCAUGAUAGUUGGAAACAGUAACUACAACUGGGAGGAAUUGGAGGAGAGCGCUGUCUAUAAGGGAGACUACACUGCGACACACCCAACAGUGAGAAUGUUCUGGGAAACCUUUCAUGCAUUUCCCUUGGAAAAGAAGAAGAAAUUUCUCUUGUUUCUGACAGGCAGCGACCGCAUUCCCAUCUACGGCAUGUCCAGCCUGCGCAUCGUCAUCCAGUCCACUGCCAGCGGGGAGCAGUACCUGCCCGUGGCACACACCUGCUACAACCUCCUGGACCUGCCCAAGUACAGCAGCAAGGAGAUCCUCAGUGCCCGGCUGGUGCAAGCCAUUGACCACUACGAGGGCUUUAGCUUGGCUUGACCAGCGUGGGACAAGCACUGACACUUGGGUAUGCAGGAAGAAAACGGUGGGCUUGGCUUUAUUUUUGUAAGGGAAUGGAUCAGAACAUUCUGGGGGACAAUGUAAUAAAUAAUAAUACUAAUAAUAGAUUGAGAUGAUGCAGUCUCAGUGUGAUGCUGCCAGCAUUCUGUGGGGCUUCAGCAGGGAGAGGCUGUUGCUUUGAAUUUUCUCAUCUGCUGAACAAAAUCAGUUCAGUGGACAUUUUUGAUGUUUCCCUUCCAACUUGACACCACCUCAGCAAUACCUUGUAGUUUGCUUUUAUUGCCCCUACACACAUGCACACAUACACACACACACACACACACACACACAGAGUUACCUCUCCUUUUAGUCUAGUUUUAACUAUGUUGGUGUUCCUUGCAUUUAGGCUAUGGUGGAAAUUGAGGAUGAAAUAGUGAUCUCCUUUUUGAAAAGCUGUGAUUUCCCCCCGUUUUUUCCCUCCCUUUUUAAUGGCAAGCUGGUUCUUGCUUGCUUUGAAUGGAAAUACCCCACCUGUGCUUGGGUCCUUGGAGGAUGGUACUGGGCUGGAAUGUCACUUGUGACCCCCCAGGGCAGUGUGUUAGUGAUGCUCUGUCUUUUUUUUUUUUGCACCAGGAUGUCUCAUGGAAAGUAUAUUGGGUUGUUGUGGUUUUUGUUUUUUUUUUUGGGGGGUGGGGGGGUGGGUGAGGGGUUGUCUUGUUUUUCCUCAGUUGUCUUGAAUUUUGGUUCCAAGCCAUGUCUUCUUAAAGAAGCCUCAGUCUCCUCUGCAGUGGGGCUUGUGUUCAGGCUUCUGGAAGGACAAACCUUACCUAUAACAACAGGUUUCUGCAAUUGCAUCUCACUCGUGUUGCAUUUCUGUCUUGACAAGUCUACAAGUCAGAGAGGUGGGCUGCUGUGUCACCUGAGCAGACCUGUUAUUCCAGCACAAGGUGAGGUGGCUGCUUUUACCACUGCCUUUCUGCAGAGGCGGCAGCACGUGUGUGCGGCUGUGUGAGUGUGUGAGGUGUGUACGAGCUCUCCAGGCUCAUCAGGUCAGAGCACAAGUUCCACAUGUAAGUAAUAAUUCUCUCUUUGGAGAUUGGUUUUAUUUUUGCAGUUAGGGUUAUUUUAUUUUUGCUCUUUGGCUGUUUGACUGGAGCCCUGUCACUUGACAGCUGUUUUGCUGGGGGGGCCCUAAAGGACAAUCUGUAUGAACUAGAGUAGAAAUGCACAUUAGGACUCCAGUAGGCAAAAAUAAUUCCCUAAAGCUAUCCUGUAAGAUUGGAGAGCCUUUAUCCUCUUUCUCCAGCCCCACCUCCCCAGUAAAUGAAGUUUGAAUGAUUUCCUCCUCCCCCCCCCCCGCCCCAGGCCCUGCCUCCCCAUUUUUCAGGUCUUGAUGUAAAUCUCAUUUUAAGCCUAGGGUGGUUUUGACAUUGACUUGUUAUUAGGACAUAGUAUUUAUGCACCAUGUUCAAUAUACAGUAUUGAACUUUGCACCUCGUAACAAAAAGGUUUUAGGCUUCUGGGUUUUUUUUUUUUAAGAUGAGCUGUGGGCUACACUGAGAGCCCUCCAGACUCUUUCUAAUGCAGCAUUGAAGACAAAUAUACAAUAUAUCAAAUGUUUAUUUUCGAUGUGCGUGUAAAUAGUACAGUAUUAUGCAAUAAAUUUGAUGUUUAAAUCUG